AUGGAGAACAGGCCACUGACGCCAAGUCAAGCUGGCCAGAAUGGCCAAUUGAGCCCCAAUGCCGCCUCGGUCCAGAGCCGCAAAAGGAGUGGUUCUGGAGGUGGGUUCAUGUCCAAGUUCCCUUUCAUGAGAACGUCGGACAUCAAGUCGAACCUGAAGGAGCCACAGCACCUCAACGUCGCCCAAGAUGCUCCAACCCCUCCUCCACGCGCACUCGCCGUCAUAUCCUCCCAACAGCAACAUCAGAAGACGCGCAAGAGGAAAGGCUCCCUCCGGAAAGUCGCACUCCUCGGUCGUGGCGCGCAACGCGAGAGGCGCGAUCUCAAGCAGCCGCUCCUAACAGUUGACACGACGGCGGCGGCGGCACAACAACCACUUCCCUCACAGCCGCCGGGUACUGCUGCCACCAACUCGGGGUUUGACGGGCAGGCAGCGAGUCCACCGCCGAUCGAUGCGCAUGGUCUUGGCCUCGGCAUCUCAGACAUCACACCGCGUCCGUCCAUGGACGGCUACGCGCGACGAACCGAAAUGCUUACAUAUCUACCCGCGCUGCCGAUAACAGGCAGCACCGAGUCGCUCAACACUAGUCCUACCAUAUCCUACACCUCGACCACCGACGAAGAAGAUAUACUUUCCCUGAAGAAGCACGCGUCUUCCACGGUGCGACCUGGUCUCGUCUCCCUCUCCUCGGGUUCCGAAUCUUACUUCCCCAGCAUUGCCCGCUCGUCAUCCAUAUCGAUACAACGGCGACGCUCGGUUAAGCAUGCCAAGUCGCCUCUAUCACUCCAAGGCCUCGCGGCUUCUCCUCUCCCCGCUGCGGAGGAGGACCAUGACUACAGCGAGACGGAAUGGUGGGGAUGGGUUGUGCUGAUCGUGACAUGGACGGUCUUCACAACGGGUAUGGGGAGCUGUUUGGGCGUCUGGAGCUGGGCGUGGGAUGUAGGGACCACACCGUACGCGCCGCCCGAGUUCGAGGAUGAUCCCACGUUGCCUAUUGUAGGAUAUUAUCCGAGCUUGAUGAUUUUGACGUGUAUCAUGGCUUGGGUUUGGGUUAUUACCGCGUGGGUGGGGAUGAAAUACUUCAGGCAUGCGAAGAUCAGCGGCGAUUGA